AUGCAGCAUUCGCAGCUUGCUCCGCUCCCAAACGAUGUGCCGUUUCGCAUCGUGUCCAAGACCAUCGGCCAAGGUGCCUAUGCCUGCAUCAAGAAAGCGUGCCCACUCGAUUCAGAUAACCCUGUCUUCGCAGUCAAGUAUAUUCAUAAAGAUUACGCCGCCCGCCACGGGAAAAUCAGCGCAAGACAGCUACAGUUGGAGGUGACGGUACACAAACAUGUCUCUGGCCAUGGCAAUAUCAUCAACUUCUACCAAACAGGCGAAGACAGCGUGUGGCGUUGGAUCGCGAUGGAGUUGGCUGAAGGCGGGGAUCUCUUCGAUAAGAUCGAGGCGGACGAGGGUGUGGGUGAGGACAUUGCCCACGUCUAUUUCUCCCAACUCGUCAGUGCUGUGAGCUUCAUGCACUCCAAAGGCGUGGGGCACCGCGAUAUCAAGCCUGAGAAUAUGUUGCUGACCGGAGAUGGCAACCUGAAGAUUGCGGACUUCGGUCUGGCCGCGCUGUUCGAGUACAAGGGCACGCGCAAGCUAUCUACCACGUUCUGUGGGAGUCCGCCGUACAUCGCGCCUGAGGUCAUUACGAGCAGCACUCGAGGCCAGAACAAGGGAUCUGGAUAUCAUCCCGAUCUGGUUGAUAUUUGGUCUUGUGGGAUUGUGCUAUUCGUUCUCUUGGCAGGCAAUACGCCUUGGGAUAGUCCCACGGACGAUAGCUUCGAGUAUCACGAAUAUGUGGCGACAAAUUCACGAACAACAGAUGAGCUUUGGCAGAAGUUACCACCGGCCACUUUAUCACUGCUGCGUGGCAUGCUGACAGUUGAUCCCAAGAGUCGGUUCUCGCUGGAGGAUGUACGGAGACAUCCUUGGUAUACACGCGCCAACAAGUUCCUGUCCGCUGAUGGCAAGUUGAGAGAUCCCAUCAAUCUUGCUACUUCCAUGUUUGAGUCACUUCAUAUCGAUUUCAGCCAGGAUCCUCUUUCCCAAUCGCGGAAGGGAGCUAGUCGAAGCUUUGACCAGAUGGAUAUGGAUAUUGAUGACAGCGCAAAUGCAGGAGGGUUCUCCUCAACACAGCCGGAGAUGCUGGGUGGUGGAAUGUUGAUGGACUGGGACAACCCACAGGAACCAGACGUCUUCUCUUCAACCCAGCCUACCGGGAAACAAUUUGCCUCGCAAGAUGCAGUUAUGGCAGGCCAUCUCGAGGACGAGCCGUCCAUGUCACAGUUCUCACAGCAGCCUUCAGUGCCAGUGAGCCGUACCCAGAACGCACAGAAGUUCCAGGAUAUUGUUCCCUCGCGCCCAAUGACCCGGUUUUACUCCGCGUGGGAGCUCAAGCUUCUCGUGCCUCUCAUUUGUGAGGCACUUCAUCGACUCGGAGUUCCCGUUCCGAGUGUCCCUGCUGUUAUUGCCGGAGAUAGUUCUGCCAUGAUCCGGGUGAUUGCCAAGGAUGGUCGGAUGUGUCCGUUGCAGGGUAAGGUACUCAUCGAAUGUGUUUCAGAGGGCGUAUUCGAGGUUGAGUUCAUCAAAAUCAAAGGCGAUCCGCUAGAAUGGCGACGUUUCUUUAAAAAGGUGGCCAUUCUCUGCAAAGAGGCUGUCUUCCGACCAGAUGAGUAA